UUCUGAAUAAAACGUAGUUGAAAAGGGAGUGCUUUUUUUCUUUCCCUAUUUUGCCAUCUGUCAGCACAAUGUCUUCAAAUUCCCAAGGCUUGUUUUCUUGAUAUUGUUUGUAUUAGGACAUUGGGAAUUUUAUUUGGGGAGGUGGUCUUCAGAAUUGGUGGGAAGGUGGGAGGUGUAUAUUAAGGGUCUGGUGCCUUUUUUUUUUUUUUUUUGCCUUGAUCUCACAGAUGUUGUAGAUUAGGAUCAAAUGAAAUGUUAUCCCAGGAAUUUGUCUGUUCCGCUGAUUCUUGAUGGUGGAAGUCAGUGUCACUGUUUCAUCAAAGUGAAUGGGGUGAAACCGCAGUCACGUAUUGUCUGAGUGGCAGUUGAAUUUUCCUAUCCAAACUCCUGAGUGCAUUUCCAUUACUUUAUUUCUGCCUGCCUCGUUAUGCAAGGUGAGUGUAAAGUUAGGAGGCUUUGUUUUUUUCUUUUCUGUCUUAUUACAAACACACCCGAACUUAUGCACCCAAAUCACUGUUGUCCCCUUCAUUGUUGUUCCUUGAGAAGACUAAAUACUUAUUUGAAUGCUGUGGCUAUUAGAUUCAGAAAGGUUUUACAACAUCCCUCUUUGGGACUGCCUUCAGCAAAUUCUUUUGAAAACCCUCCCUCCUAACAUAUCUUUGUCUUUUGAGGGUGAAUUUGAUAUUUGGAAGUUAUCAAAAGAUCUGACAUAUAAAGAACCAAGUGUGAUGUAUGAGGUCUGGGUGAUCUGUCUGGGUCCAAAGCAGGGUGUGACCCCGAAUCCUGUUGGUCUUCAUCUCCGGAGUCUUCCUGGGACAGCAGUCACCAAGACAAGGCACACCAAAAGCAGGCACCUUUGCCACCUCUACCUUAGAUUUCCCCACUCUGUUAUACAGGAGCAAAGGUACUGAUUUUGAGAAUUCGGGAGGCUAACUUUCUGGUCUGUUUGUUGAAAGAAAGAAAAAGAAUUCGUGUUUUAUGGAUGUGUCUCAUCUGUGUUGUAUGUGGUAUCUUUUGAUGGCCACAGCAUUUCAAAAUGACGGCAGCUGCCCUGAUUGAGGCAAAUAUAUCUGUUCCAAACUCCAUUCGGUAACUCUGUCCCUCUUGGACUCACUGGGCUGGAGAGGGAAGGUGUAAGACUCCUCUUGCCCGCUGCUGUCUCGCACCCUGUCACGUGGCAGUGACUUGGCCACGCUCACCUGCUGUGGUUGUAGAGAAGAUGAGAUGGCAUCCCCUUCCCGUGGAGUGCAGAGCUGUCCCAGGAUUGGUGGAGACCAAGCCAUUGCUGCAAGGAGUCUGGCUGAUGGCUGGGCACGGCCUUCCGUGGACCUGCCAUCACAGAAAAUUCCGGGUAGAUAUGCCUGGCUCAGGCAGCGCCUUCAUCCCCACCAUCAACGCCAUCACGACCAGCCAGGACCUGCAGUGGAUGGUGCAGCCCACGGUGAUCACCUCCAUGUCCAACCCGUACCCCCGUUCGCACCCCUAUAGCCCCCUGCCGGGCCUGGCCUCUGUCCCCGGGCACAUGGCCCUCCCAAGACCCGGCGUGAUCAAGACCAUUGGCACCACUGUGGGCCGCAGGAGGAGAGAUGAACAGCUGUCCCCGGAAGAGGAGGAGAAGCGUCGAAUCCGGAGGGAGAGGAACAAGCUGGCCGCGGCCAAGUGCCGGAACCGCCGCCGGGAGCUGACCGAGAAGCUGCAGGCGGAGACGGAGGAGCUGGAGGAGGAGAAGUCGGGCCUGCAGAAGGAGAUCGCCGAGCUGCAGAAGGAGAAGGAGAAGCUGGAGUUCAUGCUGGUGGCCCACGGGCCCGUGUGCAAGAUCAGCCCCGAGGAGCGCCGGUCACCCCCGGCCUCCGGGCUGCAGGCCCUGCGCAGUGGGGGCAGCGGAGGGGUAGGCGCCGUGGUGGUGAAGCAGGAGCCCCUGGAAGAGGACAGCCCCUCGUCCUCAUCGGCGGGGCUGGACAAGGCCCAGCGCUCCGUGAUCAAGCCCAUCAGCAUCGCUGGGGGCUUCUAUGGGGAGGAGCCCCUGCACACCCCCAUAGUGGUGACCUCCACUCCUGCCAUCACCCCAGGCACCUCGAACCUCGUCUUCACCUACCCCAGCGUCCUGGAGCAGGAGUCGCCUGCGUCGCCCUCUGAGUCCUGCUCCAAGGCUCACCGCAGAAGCAGUAGCAGUGGGGACCAGUCGUCAGACUCCUUGAACUCCCCGACUCUGCUGGCUCUGUAACCCAGCUCCCAGGGGCGUCCUCGUCACUGCCUCCUUCCCAGGGACCAGCACCUUUCAGCACUCCAGGGCCACGAGGGUAAGAAGGGGACCCUGCCAGAGAGCUCCCUGGUUCUGGGGAGACCCAGGUGGGAUUUGGAAGUGAGGCGCUGGAGGACUUGGACAAUCUCUUGGAAGUCACGGGACCUCCUCCCUCGUUCAUCUUGCAAAGCAAAUCCUGUUUCUUGAAAAACGUUGGACAACUUGGUUCGGCGGACCCGGGCAUCUCUCUGGCUUCUGAAGAGCCUGAAGCUGGUGUGGACCGUUCCCGUCCCUUUGUCACGACAUGUCUCUGGAGUGAUGGUGUCUUUCUCUGCCCCGCCAAGCAUGCUCAGUGCCUUUUGGUUUCACCUUCCCACUAUUUGCCCCUUCCUUCCCCCAGUGUCAAUUUCACUUCCUCUUGGUUUUUAUCAAAUUUGCCAUGACAUUUCAUCUGGGUGGUCUGAAUAUUAAAGCUCUUCAUUUCUGGAGAUGGGGCAGCAGGUGACUCUUCUGCUGGGGCUGACUUGUCCAGAAGGGGACAGUCAAUGUGCAAUACAGAACCUUUCCUCCCCUGACACUCCCGGUCCACCACCAUCUCCAGAACCACCAGCAGGGCUCCCUGAGCUCUCGAGGAGAUGCCGCCAUCGCUGGGAGGCUCGGAGGACCCUUCCUCCCCAUCCUCGGAGACGGCUUUUGGAGGAGCGGCUUGGCCAAAAGACAGGGUGUGAGUGAGACAGCCGGGGCGCAGAUUGGGUUUGCCAAAUGCCUAAUUACCGGGCCAGGAAUAGUGCCAACAAUCCACAUGGGUGUCUUGAGUAGGACGUCUCCUGUAAUUACUGCCUCGCCGUUCUGCCCCGGACCCUCCUCUCCGGACCAGGGAGGCAUCCCUCCCUAGGAGCCACAAAUCACUCCAAGUCCCUGCCGGCUCUGCCCUCCUCCACCCUGCCUCUCAGGGUGAUGCCACCCACGGAGGUUUAAUGAGCGUGGGCCUGGCCCCUCCCCAAGCCUCAAAAGCGCCUCUGCUGUGGACAGAAAUGCAGGGGGAGGAAGGAGGGAGGCAGUCGGAGUGGGGUUCGCCUCGCAGCAGCCCCAGCACCCGCUUCUCACCUCUCACCCAGGUGCCUGUUCAACCCCCUGUGGUCGUCUGCUACCUAAUGGAGCUAGUGCUUUUGCUUGUACACUCCCCUGCCCCUCACCCCGGCGUGCUCCUCAGAUCCAUCAGCCAGUUGUGAGCAGCUGGCCCAGAGCUGUCACUGUGGCUUGCAGCGUACAUGCCAUGCUUGGGGGCUGCUGAAAUCAGAGAUGAGAUGUGUUGCUUCCCGCUGCAAGCUAGCUGCUCCCUUCCCAUGGGGUGGGGGGCAGGGAAGGGGUCCUCCAGCCUCGCCAAGAGCACAGCUCAGCAGAGCUCAGCGUGGUCCCCGCCUCCCACCCCUCAAAGCCUUUUUCUCCCCAGGGUUGAUCUUCCAGAAUGAGCUUCUGCUGGGCUAGUGCUCUGAGGGAGACCCCGCUAUUGUGAUUCAGCUCUAGAGAUCAUUGGAUGAUAAUUUAAAAUUAUAUAGAUAUUAUUUAAAUCAACCCAGUGGGGGUUAGAACUCAAAGUUGGACUCCGGGGAGACAGAGAGAAAGAGAGCAGUGACAUGGUUCCCUGUUCCCUAUUCCCUUCACGUACCCAGGCCUGGCACGCGGGCUGGCAUUUAAUGUCCAUUAUCCACUUGCCAUGCACUAGACACACAGAAUGGAACAGCCGAAUGCCUAAAAUACACAGACUGCUGUGACUGGGAGUGACGUGUGGAGAGAUAGGGCAUGAAGAGAGAGGAGAUUAAAAGAAAAAGUAUUUUGUCCCCAAAUGCUUUAAAAAUGUUAUUUCCCACAUUCCUUGGCUGUGACGCUGCCCUCCCAGUUCCCCAGAGGUUCUGGGCGGGGCGCUCCUAAUAAGAUUGGGCCACUGGGUUUCUCUGGCUUCAGAUUAAUCAAGGACGCGGAAGUCAGCAAGGAGUAGCAGGAGACGGGCAAAGAGAGCUGGGGUGCGCUCAGCUCUGAAAGGCUUAAUCAUCUCAAGUGGUGUUUGUGGCCAAUUGGGAGCUAUUUGCUUCUUUUUGCAUAUAUAUAUAUAUUUCUUAAACGAAGCUGCUUUCUGGUGUUUUAUUUCUAAAAGUCCCUUUGUGCCCCACUUUGCACAGCCCUGAUCCCAAGGCAGGUCCCGGUAUGUGACUUGGGGCCGGGCUGGACAUGCCCGAGACAGUGUCUGGCUUUCGUUCCGAUUUCAAGCUGCGUUGGCUUUGGGACCAGCAGAAAGCAAAAGCCCAGCCGCCUCUCAGGAUCUUGAGGCCUCCGGAGCCGUGUUUCUAUUCAGGACCCUCUAGCUUUGUUCUGGGAGGUAGUCUGGCUUCCCCAAAGCCAGAGGUUAUUCGGAGAAGGCGGAAUGUUCACACCUAACGCACUAGUGUACCCUCAGUCACUUCCUCCUGGCUGUUCUCCAAGUUCACACCAGACCCAGGCCUGCCUCCUCCUCUUCCCCCUCAGGGAGCAGCCGCAGCGGGGAGGCCUUUGUGCUCGGGCAGGGAACCCUGUGCUCCCCCUGUGUCCCCAGCCGUGAGGCAGCUGGUGUGGACUCCAGUUGGGCUGCAGGCAGCUCUGGGAUGGCAUAGGGCAGGCACCCCUUGACAGGCUGGUGUGAAACACACCGUCCCCUUGGCCACCUGGCUGGCCUCUCUGGGAAUAGUCCUCUUCCUGGCUGGGUGGAUGGGGACAGCUGCUGACACAGGAAAGAGAGGAGAUCCCAGGUGAAGUUCAGGCGAUUGCCAGAGCCAACUCAAAGCAGAGAGUUCACUGAGGACGUUUCCAGAAAGAAGUCAUUGUUCUGCCUGUGAGACAGGCCAGGUGUCUUCACUGUGCCCAAUAACACAAGCAUCUCAACGCCAAGAACCAUCAGAGGCUACUGGUUCCCUUUCUCAGGCUUUGGGGAAAGGAGUCUCCUCUCUGCUCCCACAUGGCUCCAUUUUAAGGAUGAGCUCAACUUCCAGGCAUUGGGACUUUUCUCCCAUUUCCCUGAUGGACCACCAGUGCUUCUUGCGGUCUCAUCUUGUAACUUUCAGGUUGAUUUCCUCCUCUGAUGAGACAUCCACGUGGCCUCUUUAAGAAGGAAAAGAAUAACACCUACUAUGUGCCAGACGAUGUGUUAGGCACUUAUAUAUAUAUAUAUACCUUCUUUAGGGUGAGACUGAGCCAUGAGGACUUCCCUUAUUAAAAGCCCACAAGUAAUGAAUAAACAAAAACACUUGGAGGUGAGAAGGUCUUUCUCCAAAGAUCCGAGGCAAGAUUGCCUUCAGUCCGAGGUUUGUUCUCAAAGACCCAUCCCCUACAAUAUCCUUCCACCUCUAAACUUGUUUUCCCUGGGAUGUGCUCCUUUGCACUCUUCAGAUGGUUGACCUGAGUUUUAUAGAAUUUGUGGACCAAUAGGAUACGUGGUGUGUGUAACUUUCUUUUAAAAACUUAAGUAAAGGGGUCUUGCUAUUUUCUGCUUGUUGAGUCUUCUUGGCAUUCAUCUUAAAAGCCAGCAUCUCACUAUUUAUUGACAGGUCGUGUGUGUGUGUGUGUGUGUGUGUGUGUGUUCGUGUGUACAUUUCUAAGUGUGCCCAUGUCCUCCUGCACCUUUUAAAAAGGAAACCCAGUCACCCCACUACCUAUUUGACAUCUUUUCAUGCUUCUAGUAUUUUGGUCAUACAUCAAAAAGGGUUUUAAUUUCCUAACGCUGACACGUUCAGGAGGAGCUGGGUCAAAUUUUGAGCGGGGCGUGGGAAGGGGAGGGGGAGAAGAAAUUGACAUUUAUUUUAUUAUUUAUUUUAAAUGUUUACAUCUUUGUGUUGUACCAAGCCUGAAUAGAAACAGAUAGCAUUAAAAUGCUCAGUUCCUCUCUCCCUCUCUUUCUUCUUUAUAAUUUUUUUAAAAAUUUAGGCUAAUGAUACUUCUUUUGUUUCUAAAAUGAUUUGUGACUUGUGCUGUAUAAACUGUAUAAAAAAAGGUCUGUUUUGAAAGAUGGACUGUCAUUCCUCUAGGGACAGGGGUCACCAAGAAGUCUACAUUGUAAGAGAACCUGCCCUGUUCCUCAAAAAAUUAUUUUCUCUGUAUGAUUAAAAGUUUAUUCCAUUUCUUUUAGUUUGUGGUUACUUGAUAUUGAGGAAGGAAAUCUUCACCUUUGUAUAAAGAAUAGGUAUCAGGGUGUCUUUUCUGCAGUGAGAGAUGUAUAUAUAGUAUUUUGGAUAUAGUAGACAAUCAUAAGCUUUGUGCAUCUGUAUUUGAGGUAUGUCGAUGAUGUGGCGUAAAGACUGCUAUAAGAUCCUGGAGGCAAAAAAAAGUUGUACAAGAUUCCUACAGCUUGAUGGGGAAUUUAUCUUUCUGAACACCUUGUUUUCUUUCUUUUUUUAAGUAUUGGUGGAAUGGUCCCAUUGGAAAGGCUGCUAAAUAGGCCUCUCCAGGCAGGACUGUGAGCUCAGAAAUCUUUGUAUACUUUUGAAAAUUGAGGAGUAGCUCUGCUCUAAAGCAUCUCUGGUGGUGUUUUGUUGUUGUUGUUCUGUUUUGUUACUUUACUGUAAUACAAGCCUACAGUAUUUGCACUAAAGAAAGCUUGUUAGAAAAAGCUUGCUGCUAUGGAAGAGAGAACAUAUUACAACUUUUUUUCCUUUUUUUUUUUUUUUUUUCGGUUAGCUUCUCCACUUUCAGUUGAGUAGCAUUUUGUAGAAUAAAAUGAAUUAAGAUUGAA